UUCGUAUGAUUAAGGAUAUCAGUAGUUAUUUCUGUACGAUUUUAAUUUGUGAUGAACUGUUUUACAACCAAAGCCCACUGUAUUUAACAUGGAAAAUACAUGGGUUUGGCUAAUUUAGGACAAGGCUUAUGCGCUUACAGACACAUCCGGUAGCUUUAUCAUCGUUCACUAACAGGAUAUUUCUCAACUUUAAAACAACGCGUAAGGAAAUUCAGUUGUUUCUAAUAAACACAUAGUCAAUGGAAAUGUUGGUGACAUGGGUGUUAAUCCUAGCAGCGCUGUCCGUGACGCAGUUCUGUUUUGAGCUUAGGAAGUUGAAACGCGUUGAAGAUGAUACUGUGAGAGAGUUUGCGAGUGGAGGCGGUAGUGGUGAUAGACAGGACGACGAAAUGUUGACAAUAUGUGGAGACGAUCAGCAAUGUUUGGAAUUUGACACUCAAAGACUAAAGGUGUUGUACAGAAACCUGUUCCAAACACAAGAACAACUUGACAUGACCAGACGCAAGUCUAAGUCUGAUCGAGACGACAUCUUGCGGUCUGAAUCAGCGGGCAUUGUGGACACGGAGGUCCUAGAUAGUCUCCAGGGAGACGGCGAUUCUUGUUGUCCAACGAUGUUUUACUUCCAUAAAAACCUGACGCUCCAGAAUGUAGAUAAAGUUAAGAGACCAAUUAUACAUAUUCCUCCAGACUAUCAGUGGAUUCCACACGGAACGUGCUUGGGAGGUGGGAAUUGUGGUGGAAUGUGCAUUAACGAGCCUGUGAUGCUGCAUCUGCUGACGCUCGACCCUGUAACAAAUGAACCUGUGUUUGAAGCGUUUGAGGUUCCCGGAUAUUGCUCAUGCAAAAAUAUAUUUAAUUGAUUGUGUUACCAUGUUAAAUUGAGUUUGUAGACCGCUUUAAUAAAAGUAAAUUUCGAACUGAA